UCUCAUAAUUUCUCUAAAUAUGGCCGCACUUAUUCCUUUUUCUUUUCUUUUUUUUAAUGUAUGCAUUAUAUGACCGUAAUGCCGCCCUUUAUUAAAAUUGAUACUUCUACCUCAAGUAAUGUUAUAACUACAAACUAUUUUAUAAUAUUUUUAUAAAUUAUUAAUGUGGCCAACUUCUUAUUGAUUUUCAUCUAGGCUCAUUAUUAACAUCACUUUUUCAUUUACCAAUAACCACCCACAAUAUCAGCAGUUUGUAAAAAAUAUUUGUAAAAAAGUUUGCAUUUCUAGCAUUACUCUUUUACUUGGUUAACCGCUAACAAUCAUUUGUGUCUAAGAGAAAAUCAAGGGAUUUGGAUUUACUGGUUAACCGUUCAUGGUCAUUUUUGUGUCAAGGAUUUGAUUUCAGGGAAUGAGAGCUUGACAAAUAAGGCAAAGUGAAUUAAAUCCCUUAAGUUUUUUAGCAUAAUUCAAUCGUAAAAUUAGUUAACAUUAGUUGAAUAGCUCAAUGGUGGUGAGCUCAUGUAUUGAAGUAUAAAUAGCUUCAAACCAAAUGGGGUAUUCAUCAUUCCGUACAACAAAUUGGCAAUAGCAAGGAAAUAAUUGAAGAACAAUAAGAUGGAAAAGAAUUUUAGCAUUGCAACAGUUUCCUUGCUAUUGCUGUUGACAUCCACCAAUGGUGGGCAGGUCUUUGACGUUAAAUCAUAUGGAGCACAGACUAACGGCGAUAUCACUCAGGCUUUGACACAAGCUUGGAAAGCUGCGUGUGCAGUAGCAGGAAGUAAAGUUGUGAUUUCAACAGGGACUUACAAACUAGGUUUAGUGACUUUGUUGGGUCCAUGCAAAGGUGCUAUUGAGUUUAACCUUCGGGGCACUCUACAAGCCCCAUCAGACAUUGAAUCCUUCAAAGGGAAAGAUGGUUGGGUCGUUUUUGAAAGGAUUGACAGUCUUACUGUGUCAGGCAGUGGAGUUUUUGAUGGCCAUGGACAAAUGGCAUGGCAAAAAAAUAAUUGUGCGAAAAAGUACAAUUGCGACAUACUUCCUAUUAAUAUAAGGUUCAACUUCAUCACUAAUUCAAUAGUCCAUGACAUUACAUCGAAGGAUAGCAAAUUUUUCCAUAUCAACCUUUUGGAAUGCAAGAACUUGCAAUUCCAACAUGUUACCAUAACUGCACCUGGAGAUAGCCCCAACACUGAUGGAAUCCACAUAGGACGGUCAUCUCAGAUCAACAUUACCAAUGCCAAUAUUGGAACAGGUGAUGAUUGCAUCUCCAUUGGUGAUGGAACCCAAGAUAUUACUAUUAAGCAAGUAACUUGUGGACCUGGCCAUGGUAUUAGCAUUGGAAGUCUUGGAAGGUACGAAAACGAACAACCUGUUUCAGGAAUCAGAGUUAUUGGUGCCACUCUUAGCAAUACAGAAAAUGGUGUUAGAAUCAAAACAUGGCCUGCUUCCCCUUCUGGGACUGCUUCUGAUAUACAUUUCGAGAAUGUUAUCAUGGACAAUGUUGGCAAUCCUGUCCUCAUUGAUCAAAACUACUGCCCAAACAAUCAAUGCUCAAAUGAGUCUCCCUCUAAUGUUAAGAUCAACAAUGUUAGCUUCAAGAACAUUACAGGAACUUCUACAACAUUGGAAGCUGUGAAGCUUGUUUGUAGUAAGAGUGUACCGUGCCAACAAGUGGUGGUUGCUGACAUUGAUCUCACAUACAAGGGAAGUGGAUCUGCUACUUCCACUUGUGUUAAUGUCCGACCUGCGGUUUCAGGCAAGCAAAACCCUUCUGCUUGUACCAAAAAAAUUUAGCUAAUGCGGAAUGAAGAAAUACUAUCUACAGAUAGGUUAUAGAAAUUCUAUUCAAAAUAGAAUCUCAUUUACUUUUGUCCAACAUGUUCCCUUUAAAAAAAAAAAAUUUUGGGGAAUGUUGCUUAGUUAUUUUUUGA